UCUAGUCGGACACAUUUCUCUGCUGCACCGCGCCAUGGCCUCUUCCAUAUGGAGAUGUGUGCUGAACAGAUCAGCAGCAAGAUGGCGUCUUUACAGAUCCUUGUGUCUGUAUAACAGAAGCCACGGGUUUAAUGAAGAAGAAAUUAAGGCAAAACUAGCUCAGUUCACAGGAGGAUCAGUGAAACUCAUUAAAAAGGAAAAUGGAAUUGCAGAGUUGUGCAUUGAUAAUGCAGCUCGAAUGAAUGCAUUUACAGGAAAAAUGAUGAUAGAAUUAGCAGAACGGAUUCAUGAUCUGGAGAACUGGCAGGAUGGGAAAGGACUUAUUGUUUAUGGUGCAGAGAAUACAUUCUGUUCUGGUUCGGACUUAAAUGCAGUUAAAGCUAUCACCAACCGACAGGAUGGGAUCAUGAUGUGCAUGUUAAUGCAGAACACUCUGACAAGACUGCAGAGAUUGCCUCUCAUUAGUGUUGCCUUAAUUCAAGGAAAAGCAUUGGGAGGAGGUGCUGAAUUAAGUACAGCAUGUGAUUUCAGGUUGAUGACUGAAGACAGUGAAAUACGAUUUGUCCAUAAACACAUGGGUUUGGUUCCAGGUUGGGGCGGAGCGACACGAUUAAUUCAACUUGUUGGAAGUAGACACGCCCUGAAAAUCCUCAGCAGUGCUCUCCGCAUUCAUCCUAAAUAUGCAUUAAAUAUUGGCCUUGCUGAUGACAUUUUAUCUUUUGAUGCUGAUGGACCCUUGGAGGAAUCCCACAAAUGGAUAGCAUCAUACACAAAAGGAGCAGCCGAUGUGAAUAGAGCAGUGAAAAAAGUAGUAGCCUCUGGAAGAGAAAAGUUAAUUGAAGAUUCUCUGAGGGCAGAGAAGGAUAUUUUUGGAACAGUGUGGGGUGGGCCCGCCAAUAUGCAAGCAUUGUCAAAAGGAACCAAACACAAUUAGUGAAGAUAUUCU